GCUCCCUUUUUGCCUCGUCGGGCUUGGCAUCCAUCGGAAUCGAUUCUGGUGGCGCGAUGGGUCCUCGUCCCGCUCCCUCGAUCGGCGGCCCUCGCGAUCUUCCUCCCUCCUUCGCGGAACCUUCGUCGCUCCGAGUGCCGUCGACGGGGGCUCCAUCCUCCCUCGAUUUUCAACUUGUCCUUUCGUCUUCGUGUCGGCGUUACGUUUUUGCAGCUCGCAGCCUGAGGUUAGAUCACUGGGACCAGUUUGCCUACAAAAAGAAUAUUGGAAUCGUGCCCCUUUUUUCAUGGGAUCAUCACAAUGAUCUCCCUCACCCCACGGACGGUAUACGUUCUACAUUCCAGCAGUUCGCUGUGGUUCGGUUUGUGAGCUUGUCGAAGUUGAUCUCGCUCAUGAUGAGUGUUCAAGGUGACGCAGGAGGAGAAGCGGUUGAAGAAAGGCAUUUGGUCCAUGAUGCAAAACGGCAGCGUACCUCACUUGACUCAAUGAAAGUAGUGAUGGCAGCACAAUAUAUACAGCAGCACUUGCCAAACAUAGAACCGUUUCUUCGAAGAGUGGUGCAAGAAGAGGUUGAAAAUGCUAUAUGGCGUAAUGUGCACUUCAGUCCCAGAGCUCCCCUUAACAAAAUCCAGGCAUCUGUGAACAACCAGUACAGUCUCCUGUUUCAGAACAGCUUACCUGGAACUCUAUUCACUAGCAGCAAAAUAGAAGCUGAGGGUCAAGAGCCUGUUGAGAUUGUUUUGGUUGACUCUCAAACAAGACAGAUUAUCACACAUGGCCCUCUGUCUUCUAUCAAAGUUGAAGUUCUUGUACUUGAUGGUGAUUUUGGUGUUGAUGGACAAGAAGAAUGGACAGAAAAGGAGUUCAAUGAUAGCAUAGUACGUGAAAGAGAGGGUAAAAGGCCUUUGCUAUCUGGCGAGCUGAUGGUUACACUCAACAAAGGGCUUGGCCGACUUGGAGAUGCUAACUUUACGGAUAACUCCAGUUGGACUAGAAGUCGAAGGUUCAGGCUUGGUGCAAGGGUUUGUCAAAACAAAUUCAGACAGAGAGUUCAGGAAGCAUUAAGUGGAUCUUUUUUGGUGAAGGAUCAUCGUGGAGAAUUGUACAAGAAACAUCAUCCUCCAUCAUUGGAAGAUGAUGUAUGGCGAUUAGAAAAGAUAGGCAAAGAUGGUGUUUUUCAUAAAAGACUUGCAGAAUACAGAAUAGUGACUGUUCAAGACUUCCUGAAGAAUUUUGUAAUGGAUCCAGAUAAGCUGCGCCAGAUGCUUGGCACUGGGAUGUCAAAUAAGAUGUGGGACGCAACAGUUGAGCACGCAAAGAAAUGCAUUAUACCUCACGAGAAGCUAUACUCGUAUAACUGCAGCCAAGGCCUUGUACUCGUGUUUAACGCCAUAAACGAGCUACUUGGAGCAAUAAUUCAAGAUAAACUUUACCGUCUAGAUGAGCUUCCUCCAACAGAAAAGUUAUUGAUCCACAAACUUAAACAGGAUGCUUAUGCAUCGCAAGAUCGCAUCAUAGAGAUCAUUCGACCACUGGCCAGCAACUUUCAAAGGCUGCUUUCACCUGAUUCUUUGACUCUCCAAGCUGUAAGCUUUGACGAGCACAUCCCUUGCACUUCCCUUGGAAAUCAUGAUGAUCAGAUACUGAACACGAAUCCUUUGCGGCUACCCAAUCUGAAAGGAGAUAGCACGAUGCAUGAGCUUUAUCAAACCAUAAACACAUUCUCUGGGACUGGGCCUGCUCAGGCGCAAGGAUCCUGUUCCUUCCAGUUAGACAGUAACCCGAGGUGCUACCACAAUAUGCCAUUGAUCAAUUAUGAAACUGGAAGCUUUGCAGAGCCCGUAAUACCAGAAGUCCACAUGUUACGCCCAUCUCAGUUCCCUGUGCUUUGGGACCAACCUAGUGACUUGGUUCAUGUACCAGACGCUAGGAAAUGCAAGAUCUGUGCCUCACAUGCCCCUCGCUUUGGUGCUCACAUUUUUUCCAGUAAGUGGGUUAAAUUGAAAGCAGUAUCAAGGCUGAUGGCCAUUGCAAGACGCUCUUCCAGAAGAGCAGCGUUCAUGAAGCCUGCUUAUCCAGUGGUAUCGUCGAGUAUGUACGACGAUACAUAUGGAGAACUGGCAGUGCUAUUGAGAGGCAACACUGCAUGAAGUGUUUUGAAGAAGUCUUGUACUCUUUGUUGUAAGCUACAUAAUGCCAAGUUUUCUAUCCUGACAAGAAGUCUUAUACCCGUUCGACUUACUGCA